UCUUUUUGUUUCGACGGACCUGAAAAUAUUUCACAUAUCUUGAAGUUUACGAAUAUAUUUUUGUUUUCAUUAAAAUUGCUAUUUAAACUGCAAAUUGUCACUACUUAUUAUUGAUGACGAAUAUAUUCGUCAUAACACAAAGCUUUACACUUUUUUCAUGACGAGUAUACUCGUCAUAACAUAACAUUUUACACUUUUUUCAUGACGAAUAUACUCGUCGUAAUACAAUAUUUUACACUUUUUCAUGACGAGUAUACCCGUCAGUUUAACCAGUUAACUGUAUCUGAGGAGUAUACCCAUAAUGAAAAAGCAUAAAAUUAUGUAUCAUAACGAGUAUACUAAUCAUGAAAAAAGUGUAAAAUGUUAAAAUUAUGACGAGUAUACUCGUCAUGAAAAAAGCGUAAAAUUGUGUAUUAUGACGAUUAUACACUGGUGGACAAAAUGAUAAGGCACCGUUGUACACAUAAGAAAUUCCAGAUGUAUUUAGUAAAAUCUUAAAGUUAUUAGCAGUAAACUAUGUUAUAAGUGAGAAACUUCCUUUCAAGGCCACGUACCAGUCUAGACAAACAAAACACGGUGCAUUGUGGUCUUUGAGUUUCAUUGUUUCGAAAUUUCAGGUGGACAAAAUGUUAAGGCACUUGAAGUAGUCUGUUAGAAAACGUUGAAGUGUGCAGUUCUCUGCAAGUUUAUCUUGUAGAAAUUACUUAUUAAUAGUUAGUUUAUAAGUGUUUAAAUACUUUUUAACCCAAAAUUAAAUUAUGAGACGAGGAACAGCAUUAAGCGAAGAUGAGAAGAUUAAAAUACUCCAGUUAAAGUCUAAUGGAGAAAAUCAAGUACAGAUUGCAAAAAAACUAAAAAGAAGUCGGUGUGUUAUACAGAAUUUUUUACAAAACCCCGAAAAAUAUGGGAAACAGAAGCCAAAGGGAAGACCUGCAGCCUUUUCUUCAAGAGAAAAAAGAUUAAUUUUGAAAAAAGCAUCGAAUUCUGGACUUACGCCUUGACAAAUUGCAGUGGAUUGUGGAAUUAACGUAUCGACUAAAACAGUGAAAAGAGUAAUUCAAAAAACAAGCUAUUUAAAACGGAAGAAAUUUACUAUAAAGCCGCCGUUAAUAGACAAACAUAAGACCGCCUGAUUAAGUUUUGCAAUAGAGCACAUUCAAUGGAAAAACCAGUGGAAACGAAUUAUAUUCACGGAUGAAAAAAAACUGAAUUUGGAUGGUCCAGAUGGAUAUAAAUACUAUUUCCACGAUUUAAGAAAGGAGCAAAGGGUAUUAAGUCGCAGACAAUGUGGUGGUGGUGGAGUAAUGAUAUGGGCAGGUAUCGGCUAUAGAGGAAAAACGGAAAUAGAAUUCAUUCAAGGCCGUAUGAAUAGUGCUGGUUACUUAAAUUUAAUUAAGAGACACAUAGACACUUACGCUCGCAGAAUUGCUGGGACAAAAUAUAUAUUUCAACAAGAUAAUGCAGCUGUGCAUACCGCUCGCAUAGCAAAAAAAUUAUUUUGAAACGGAAAAUAUAAAAGUUUUAAAUUGGCCCGCAAGAUCUCCUGACCUAAGUAUUAUCGAGAAUGUUUGGGGAAAACUCAGCCGAACAUUAUAGGAAGGUGGAAAACAGUAUAAUACAGUGUCCGAAUUAAAAUCUGCAAUUUUAGAAGCUUGGGAAAGCUUGGAUCAAAAUUAUAUAAAGGAUCUGUACAGAAGUUUACCAAGAAGAAUGAUUUAAGUGGUACAUCGUCAAGGGCAGUCGACACAUUAUUAAAACUUAAAAAAACUAUGUAAUCUUAUUUCAUUUUAAUACUUUUGUAAUUUUAUAUUGAAAGUGCCUUAUAAUUUUGUCCACACUCAAUUUCAUUUUCUUGGUAUAAAUAAUAAAUGGAUUGAACGAUUUAUUUAAUUUUUUCAUAUAUUAUGUCAAAACUAGUACCUUAUUUUGUUGUGUAUUCAUAUUCCACGUAUACGUACAAAUAGAUGUUCAUUUCCAAAAAUUUUGAGGUGCCUUAUCAUUUUGUCCACCAGUGUACAUGAAAAAAGUGUAAAAUUUUGUAUUAUGACGAGUAUACUCGUCAGAAACAGUUAACUGGUUAAAUAAUUGCGUCUAACCGCGAAGGAGAGUGGGUGGGCGGUUCGGGGUGACGUGUUUGGGGGGAUUGGUUCGCUGGCGUUAGCGAUUGUUGCCCAAGUUGCGUGUCGCGUGUCUUCCAUUCGUUUCCUGGAACGUCGCGUCGACGAUCGCGGGCAUCGACGCGCAAGGCCGAUCGACGCACGCCGCGACGCCACGCGCGAUCGUUGCUCGGCUAUGUACACGACUUUAAAGAACCCGUGACGGAUAUAUAAAUGUGGCACGAUCUGGCUGCGCGAUGUACUUAAACGAUCCGUUACCGUCGCGGAUCGCGUGAGUACGUCGUGCCCGCGCGAGUAAGUACGUCGAACAGUUCGGGAGCCGCGAGACGAUCAGAAGCAAAAGGGGCACCGAGCCGAGGACCGAUGAGCAGCAGAAAUUUGGAAAAGAUGCUCAGGCUUACCACCUUAUCGAGGGUCCGUCUUUCACGACCUUGCAUCGGACUGACUCGAUGGUAUCGCUCUGCUACCGAUCUCUCGCCAGCUAUAUCACAGAUGAUAACCUUGCUGGUCUCCAGAACUUCCUCGAAAGCAAGAGAGUGCAGGUCGACGAUCGAGACGAGAAUGGUAGCACAGCCCUCAUCUUUGCAGCAACUAAGGGGAAGAUACACUUUGUACGGGAGCUCAUCAAUCAUGGAGCAGACGUUAACGCAGAAGAUGGGGACAACUGGACGGCGUUGCUUUGCGCGGCCAAGGAAGGCCACACUGACGUCUGCCUCGAAUUACUCGAGCAUGGCGCCGAGUUGGAGCAUCGAGAUAUGUCGAACUCUAUUAUAACAACCACGGAUAUAGCGAAGUCACGGCUGUACAGAACAAAAAGUCGUAAUGGAGGGUGGACAGCACUCAUGUGGGCGACGUACAAGGGUAGGUCGCCGACGGUGACGAUGCUACUAGCAAGAGGAGCUGAUGUCAAUGCACAUGGAAAUUUUCAUAUAUCUUCAUUGUUAUGGGCCGCGGGUAGAGGUUACCCUGACAUUGUUAAAGAUAUCAUUGCUCAUGGUGCUAAAGUUAAUGUUGGUGAUAAGUAUGGUACCACAGCGUUGGUGUGGGCGUCACGUAAAGGGAAUGUAGAAAUUGUAGAUACUUUAUUAAAAGCUGGUGCUAAUGUUGAUACUGCUGGCAUGUAUUCAUGGACUGCUCUUCUUGUGGCUACCCUUGGUAAUCAUGUGGACGUCGUAUUGCUCCUUUUGGAGCACAAACCAAACGUAAAUGCUCUAGAUAAGGAUGGCUGCACAGCUCUAGCAAUAGCCUGUCGAGAAGGGCAUCACGAGAUAGCGAAUGCACUUUUAAACGCUGGUGCUUAUGUAAACAUUCAGGACAGAGCCGGAGAUACAAACUUAAUUCAUGCUGUGAAAGGCGGUCAUAGAGGAGUGGUUGAAUCUCUUUUAAAGAAGUAUGCCGACGUCGACAUCGCCGGAAAGGAUAAGAAAACCGCAACUUACAUAGCAGUAGAAAAAGGCAAUAUAUCGAUAUUAAAAUUGUUACUAAACGCUAACCCAGACUUGGAGAUCGCAACGAAAGACGGUGACACGCCGCUACUGCGGGCAGUUAGGUCGCGCAACGCCGAAAUCGUGCAAUUACUGCUAGACAAGAAAGCCAAGGUCUCAGCCACCGACAAAAAGGGCGACACGGUGCUUCAUGUAGCUAUGCGGGCAAGAUCGAAAGCUAUCGUCGAGAUAUUAUUGAGAAAUCCGAAGAAUAGUCAGCUACUUUACCGUCCAAAUAGGCAAGGCGAAACCCCCUACAACAUUGACAUUAAUCAUCCAAAAACCAUUCUUGGACAAAUAUUUGGCGCGAGACGCCUUAACACCAAUGAAGAUAAUGAAAAUAUGCUUGGCUAUGAUUUAUACAGUAGUGCUUUGGCAGAUAUUCUCAGUGAACCAUCUCUUUCGACGCCUAUAACUGUUGGCCUUUACGCAAAAUGGGGUUCUGGAAAAUCUUUCUUAUUAAAUAAAUUGAGAGAGGAAAUGAAGAAUUUUGCUCGUCAAUGGAUAGAUCCUGUAUUCCAAUUCUCUUUCUUACUUUUUGUAGUAGUGUCUCAUGUGUCUUUAUUAGUGGGUAUCACCAUAGGUCUUGCUCUACAGUCGUGGAUCAUUGGUCUUGCUUGUGGUAUAAGUCUUAUUUUCAUUACAUACGCUUUUUUGAUACUUAUCUGGCAUGCUAACAAAAGAUACGAUUGGUACUGGCCAUAUAACUUCACCGUUGCUCUGACUACAAAGUUAAAUUCAUUGAAGCUGUUGUUGCAAGUGAUUUUCUGUCAUCCUCCCGGUGGCCAAGUUCACGAUGGUGUGACAGUCCAGCCAAUCAAAUUUUAUUUCACCGACCAGACUCGGGUCGGCACAACUGCCGCUGGAGAAAACGCAGUAGUACAAAUGGUGGGAUCGCUUUAUGAUUCCAUUGAAAAUGAUUUUGGUUCUUUGUCCACGAGAUUAUAUAGAGCGUUCAGACCAAAGCCUGAUAAAUCAACUACGACUUGGAAGUGGAGACACCUUUGUUGUCUACCAUACAUAGUCAUAUUCGAAUUCUGUUUUUGCAGUUUACUUGUUGGCAUUUCUGUGCUCACCGUCUACCUUAUCGACAUUACUAGCAGCGAGCCAACGAUAGAGAAAGUUACGGCACACAUAAUUAUGAUAACUGUUGCCUUAAUAUUAGCAGUCAGUGUAAUAGCAAACUUAUAUACAUGGAGUCGAACUUUGCAAGCGCUUGUUUUCUCUCAAAGACGGCAUCUUCAACGCAGCAUUUCCAAGUUGGAGACUUUGAAAAGCGAAGGUUUUAUACAAACACUGAGAAGCGAAGUCAGUUUAAUGACGGAAAUGGUCAAAUGUCUAGAUAGUUUCAUGGCUCAACAAAGUAGAUUAGUAGUAAUUGUGGAUGGUCUGGACAGUUGCGAACAAGAUAAAGUGUUAUUAGUUUUAGAUGCUAUACAAGCAUUAUUUAGUGAUAAUGGUUAUCCAUUUGUUGUAAUAUUAGCGAUUGAUCCACAUAUUAUUGCCAAGGCAGUGGAAGUCAAUAGUAGAAGAUUAUUCACAGAAUCCAAUAUUGGAGGGCACGAUUACUUGCGCAAUAUGGUACAUCUUCCAUUUUAUUUGCAAAAUAGUGGUUUACGAAAGGUGAAGGUUGCUCAACAAACUGCCCAACAUAGCAAAAAAACCGCGUGGACUGAAGCUGAAGAGAGUGUUAAUUACACCGCAUCCAGUACAAUGCAUCAUUCGGUUUCUAAUAGAAGACUCAGUACAGAGUCUGGUAUAAUGAACAGUAACGAAAAGUUGAAGCCACAAAGUAGAAAAGGCAGUAGAAAAUUACGAUUAAGCGAAUCGAUAGCCAGUAGUAUUGGUAGCAAUUUAAAUCGACUGGGUGGAGCACAGGAUCUUAAUAAAAUGCUUCUCACUGACGACUACUUCAGCGACGUAAACCCUCGUAGCAUGAGGAGAUUAAUGAACGUCGUUUAUGUCACUGGGAGAUUGUUAAAAGCAUUCCAAAUUGAUUUUAAUUGGUAUCACUUAGCCAGUUGGAUCAAUAUCACCGAACAAUGGCCAUUUAGAACAUCUUGGUUGAUUCUGCAUUAUGAUAUGUAUGAAGAGAGUUUAGAUGAUUCCAUGUCGUUGAAGAGUCUUUAUGAUAAAAUACGUCCCCAAAUACCAGUACUUAAAGAAGUUCAGCCUCUUUUAGAAAUGGAUAGAGAUGAACGCAAGCUGGACAUUUUCCUGACUUUCCAUCGUGCCAGCUUACUUGUUAGCGAUAUGAAGAUAUUCUUGCCAUUCACGAUUAAUCUUGAUCCUUAUAUUAAGAAAAAGAUCAAGGAAGAGCAACAAAGCAUAGAAGAAGAAUCAGGACUUGGGCCAUAUAAACAGUACAAUCCUUGGACUAUGCAUGGUGGUACUCAGGAGCAAUGGAACGCGAAUAGAACUGGUUUAAUCAAUCGUAACAUGAAAUUAACCAGAACACCAAGUCUACAAGGAUCUGCUCCAGUACCAUCUACUUCGUCUUGGUACAUGCAACCUUCAUUCGAUUGGCAGACUCCGCCUUGGGUACAAAUGCCUCCUAUGGAACCUGUACUUAAACCGCUUUCUGCAACUACAACUUUACCGUCCGAAAUUUUGGAAAUAAAACUUUCGUCUCUAACAGUAAACGGCGUUUGUGACCUCAUUGAUAGAAUUGAAAGUUUGAAUCACAAUCUAGCACCGCAGUACAAAAAUGUUAUUAAGGAAAAUAACAUUAAUGGCAGGGUUUUGUUACACUGUGAGACACAAGAGCUGAAAAAAGUACUUAAAAUGGCUUUUGGAGAUUGGGAACUGUUCCGUAUGGUGAUUGUUUCACUUAGGGAAUUAGAAUUGUCAUCGUUUAGCAUGCAUGAAGAAGGUCCACGCUGCGUACGCUUCACUGUAGGAUCGGAACAAAUUCAAAGAAAAGACCAUACUUUACCAAAUAAUUCGAUACGUGUGCCUGUACACGUUGAAAAAGAAAAAGGAACAUCAAGGACCGAUGGUCCUCCUAGACGAGAACAAACUAAGCAAUCUAUUAUGGAAAAACAAGUGACCUUGGAAGAACAAAUGAUUUGUGGAGCACUGCAGACUUUAAAUGAAGAAGCUUGCGAAGAUGUAUUAGACGUACCAUCACCGGCAGUGGUACCAUCAGACUCACUUCCAGGAAACGGCGCAACCGCAUCUCAGGACACGGAUUUCGUUAUUCUUCAAUCUAAUCCGCAUAUGCACUGGGUACCAGUUAACGACGAACCAGAAACAUCGGACGACAGUUCACUGGAGUCUACGGUUCACCUUCAGCGUACAAAUUCCCAACGUAGCAUCACGUCUCAACUCAGCACGAGAUCCGUUUGCUCGUUUGGACGUAGAAAUACAAGGAGAGAUGGCGGCAAUUCCAACACUAGCAGACCAUCUUCUUUGUUCAUGUCUCCACCGCCAUCUCCUAGACCUGCUUUUAGAUCUAAGUCAACGGACGAGAAUUACGUGGCAAACAAUAUACCCUUGAAGCCGACUAUCUCGACGCCUAUUAAGAAACUGCGGUCCACGUCGACGUUAAACGAAGAGGCAGUGUCGGUAUCAGUUCCAAACUCUAGCCUGGAAAAGCUAACGAAAUUGAAGGACCGUCUGAUGGGAACAUUGCCAGCCUCGUCCGCUCCGGGGGAGAGCGAGGACGAAUCAACACCGUUGGUUUCCGAAUUGUCCACCCCGACCCAUUCGCAAUCCGACAGUGUGUUCAAACAUGACUCUAGCGAAGAGCAUAGUAGCUCGGUCUCGUCGAACAAAAGUUUACCCCGGGACGGUGAACGAUCCAUUGACAUAGAUUAUUCCGACACGGUGAGCUUAAUGGUAAGGGAGCCAUUGCACGUGCGUUUCUUAUCGCGACAGGACGCAGAAGAAUGGGACAAUCCCGAGACACCAGUCUGAUAUCCCCUGUUACAUGAUCUUCACCGAGUCUUUUGGUGGUAGGCAAUAAUGUGUGAUACGAAUACGUGUGAAUCGUAGCUUUAAGUAAAAAGAAUAUUUCAAUUGAAGUUUGUGAUAAAUUUCCAGAGAUAAUAGGAUAAGCCACUGGGUUUUGACUGUGCUUUGUAAAUAGUAUAUAGACGAUACUGUCCCCUCUUUGGCGGAAUGUUUGAUGGUGUUCAUGUCAGUGUUGAGCAGAUUAUAAUCGAAGUAGUGAUUGUCGAUUACGAUUAAUAUGGUUAACUCUUAAUACCAUAGUAACUAAUUUCUUUUUUUUUUUGCUGAAACUACUAUUGAUUAAAUUAAUGAUCCAUCUUCGAUGAUUAAUAAAGCUACCUAAUUGAUUUGAAUUAAAAAAUUUCAUAAGUUAUUAACACUUUAAUGGCCGCCGUAUCACCGUUGUCCGUCACCACUGAUAUUGUAGACCAAAGUGAGAUACACGAAGAUGCUAGGAAUAUUAUUAUAAGGAAUUAUAAAUGUAACCUCACAAACGUAAUAAGUUGAAUAUACGAUGAAAUAGUGACUGAUACAGUAAAUCACGCACACGUGACAGUGGCCAACGUCUGCUAGCUCGCAAAGUCACGUAUACGUGACAGCGGCCGUCAAAGUGUUAAUAUUGUUUUUAUAAUAAAAUUUGUAAUUACAACGCCGUUUUUAAACAAUCGACUAAAUUUUGAUAAACGUACUUCUUUUAGAGAAGUAAUUUGACUAUUUCCAAUUUAAAUAGAAAAAUAAUAAUAACAUUUAGAAUCACUUACGUUAAGGAAACAUAGGAAAGUAACACAUUAAGAAAAUCAAUGUUUGUUAAUUUAUGGUGAUAAAUUUGUUAGAGAACUUUCUGUAGUGCAUCUUCAAUGGUACAAGUAUCUACCACCAGCAAAGUGUUAACAGUGAUAUUUGAUAGGACCUGGACUUGUUUAAAAGAACAUUGUUUGAAGUAGCAUUUCAAUUAACGUGUUAUCCUAUUUGUUUGUUACAUUAUUUUUUAAAAACACUAUUUUGUGGUUCCAUUUCAAGAAAUAUGUUUUGAAAUCAGUCAUUUUGUAUUUAAGACAACGAGAUUUACGUUAUUAGUCACCGAAAAGUAAUCAUUAAUUCAAUCAAUAAUGGGACAACACCAAUGAAUAACGAUUAUUUAAUCGUCGGUCGACAAUUAAAUUUUGUAUUGCAUCUCGAUUAAUUUAUUCAACGAAAUUAGUCGAUUGAUGUCCAACUGUUUCAUGUGACCCAAAAAGGAAUUCUAUAAUAAAUAGCGACGGGACUGAUACGAUACAUAUUGAUGAUAUUCAAGCAAUUCAAUACCAACGUACUUAAUAACAAGUAUCGAAGAGAUAUCGAAAUCUCAAGAAUGCGAUAUCGAGUUCCGAUACUGAUGCUGUUGGAAUGGAUACCAAUAUUGAGCGAAAUGUAAUCUCGUUACAUUUGUCCUAAUCACUUUGUAGAAGUGAUUGUAGAAAUUGAAGCCAGAUUACAUUUUACCCAUCAUUAAUUAAUACUAAUGGAUAGAUUAUCAAAAUUACAAAACAAAAUCUAAUCGGUAUCUCUAAAUAGUUGUAUUUAUCUUGUUCACAUUAUCUUUUACAUCGAAUACUUCCUUCUUUCGAACCAAAACCAAAUCUAAUCAGUAUGAAAUAAGCAAUACGAGAAAAUAGAUACAAUUCGAAGUAUGUAAUUACGAAAUGAACUCUGGAAAUAAUUAUUUGACAUCGUACUUAUUAACUACUUAUUUCAUAUCGACCAAACUGUUUGUUUUACUUUCUGAUACAUUCAUGAUAAAAUCGAUGUCUGCUAGGUUUAUACGAUAUGGUAUUAAUAUGUAAUCAUUAUAAAAUUAUCGGUAUUGAAAAUUGAUAUCGAGUAUCUACGUGUUGUAUUUAAUUGAUAUGUAUCGAUACCUUCGGAUAGUUAUCAAACCGGUUUUAUGCAAAAUGAUAUUUUAUUAUCUGGUACCAGUAGUAUUGAUACAGAAAUAAAUCCAUCGCUAAUUACGAAUCAUGUAAAAAAGAGAAGCAUGCCUUUUAUGCUACAUAUGCGAAAUAAGAUGUAUUUAACCUUUGUGGGCAUACUGAGCAAAUAACAUUCCGUAAUAAUUUUAACGCAUUUAACGAUGUGAGUAUAGAUAUCAGUAUUUUUGUUAAAUGACUGAUAUCGAAGCAGAAAGUGUUUCUUUUAUCAUAUUAUAAAAAUUCGGGUGUUGAGAAAUUGAUUAGUCAAUUUGUAAAUACAGUUUAAAGUGUAAUUUGGAAGCAGAUGAAUAAAUCUUAAAAUAUUUUAAAAUACUGUUUCAUGUUUAGUAUGUGCCCGGUAGACACAAAGGAACAACACAAAAAAUUCUGUUCCUUUGCCGCGUGUAAGAUAAUAUUGUUACGAAUACGAAGUACCAUUACGAAUUUUUAAAUGUAUGUUGUAUAACAGGUAAAUGUAUAACAGUGCUGACUUGUAGGUUGAUCGGUAUCAAAAAAUUAAUAAGAUAUUUUACAUUGAUAAACAUUUGUAUCUGUGAGAUAAAAUUUUGUGUAGUACUGCUUUUAUUAUCGUAUCAGCGCGAUAAAAUUAUGUAGCAGUUUUUUAAGAUAGAAUGACGAAACUACUGCAUACUUAAUUAUUCACUAAUUUAUAAGAGGCUACCGAACCGAUAUUAUUAACAAAUAAUUUAAAAUAAUUUAUUUUAAAUUGUUAAAAUUCAACCAUUAAAUUUUUACUAGAGUUUUUUUUUAAUCUUGCAAAAAACGUUAUUUAGCGACAUUAUCAAUUUUUAUGAACAUUAGAACUAUUAAAAAAUAACGGUAUACAGGGUGUUCAGCUAAAAAUUUUAAUGGGAUAUUCUAGAGGCCAAAA